CUCACAUGGAGGAAGAUUAAAACGGAAGGGUCACGACGACUCACGCAUUCCGAAACGAAACCGUCUUUGGAGAAAUUCUCGUCUUCUUCGGUUGACCGGUAUCGAUGGCGGAGGGAAGCGCCGGUUCGCGUUACGUGAAGUUGAGGAAAGAGCAGGCUCCUGUGGAAGAUAUCACCCCCGGCGAACUCAAUCAGCCCAUCGAUGUUCCUCAGUUGAAUGUUCGCAAGUGUCAUGAAUGUAUGCAAGUUCUACCUGAAACCUAUGAACCCCCUUCUGAUGAAAACUGGACCACUGGCAUUUUUGGCUGUGCUGAAGACCCCGAGAGCUGCAGGACUGGUCUCUUUUGCCCCUGUGUGCUGUUUGGGCGUAACGUUGAAGCUGUGAGGGAAGAGAUUCCUUGGACUCAACCAUGUGUAUGCCAUGCAGUUUGUGUUGAAGGAGGAAUGGCACUUGCAGCGGUAACCGCACUCUUCAGUGGCUACAUUGAUCCUCAAACAACAGUUGUGAUAUGCGAAGGCCUCUUCUUUGCGUGGUGGAUGUGUGGAAUCUACUCAGGCUUGUUCCGCCAAGAACUUCAGAAGAAAUAUCAUCUCAAGAAUGCGCCUUGUGAUCAUUGCAUGGUUCACUGUUGCUUGCAUUGGUGUGCCUUGUGUCAAGAACACAGGGAGAUGAAGAAUCAUCUUUCUGAUGCUGAUGCGUCGUCUUCAACUACUAUGGAUCCUCCUCCAGUUCAAGCGAUGAGCACCGAGGAGAGGAAAGAAGCUUCAUCUUCUUCUUCAUCAACAUCAUCUCCAUCAUCUGCCAAAAGCCAACACAAUGAUCUCGAGAUGGUCCCUCUUUAGGAAACAUUCCUUACAAUCUCUCUGCUCCGUAUGCUCUCGCUAAGCUGUUAACGUUUUUUGUGCAGAGAAGUUUUCGUAACAGCUGAUUCCGUCGGUUUUACAAAUGCAAGUUUGUUAUAUGAACAAGUUCAUUAGUACUUUUUACAAUUUGGAGUCAUUGGAUCUUUUUUGGAUAAGGAAGUAAAUUAUUUCUCUUAGCUAUCAUUGUGAACUUGUGAGAUAUAUGCACAAUCUCAUUCUAAUCACUCUCUGCAAGAUUGAGAUCUUUACUUGUUAACUCGGAG